UUGAGUUCCAUCUUGUCCAGGACUGGUUUCCUCUCUGCUGUCAGCAUGGCAAUGUCACUUAGAUCUGCGUGGUCCCACCUCUUUCGGAUGCGUUCAGUAGCAACCUGUAAGCAGGUCCCACUGCAGAAUGGAUCUGUGUAUCAUGCUUGCCAUAAAUCUACAUUCUCAGUUCUCCCUGAAGACUACAAUUGCAAAGUGGAACUUGCAGUGACAUCCGAUUUGAAGACAAUUGUCUGCUACCACCCUUCACUUGAGAUUCCAUACGAGCAUACAAAACCCAUACCACGGCCAGAUCCGGUGAAUAAUAAAGAAGAAAACCUCGAUCAAGUUUUAAAAUCCAGAUUGAAUGAAAAAGAGCUAAAGAACAGUAGAGGUCCUACAAUUGAAGAGCUCAGCAAAAUGUUUUACACAACAAAACAUCGCUGGUAUCCUGUGGGACAGUAUCAUAGAAGACGCAAGAAUCCUAAUCCUCCUAAAGACCGAUAGCAAAAAUAACUUCUUGUUCAUCAGGACUUUGCUGUUAAUUUUGAUUGGAAAUAAAAGUUUUAGAAAGUGUCA